AUGAAGCUCGCUAAGCCCCUGCACGGCACCACCACGCUGGCGUUCAUAUUCAAGAAGGGCAUCAUCGUCGCUGCUGACUCGAGGGCCACAAUGGGGUCCUACAUAUCUUCCCAAACUGUGCACAAGAUUCUGGAGAUCAACAACCGCCUUCUAGCAACCAUUGCUGGGGCAGCAUGCGACUGUCAGUAUUGGGGGCGGUACCUUGGGAUGCAGUGUCGGCUUUAUGAGCUGGAUAAUGGCAAGCGCAUCACUGUGAGGGCCGCGUCCAAGAUACUGUCUGACGUCUGCUUUCAAUACAAGGGCAUGGGAUUGUCAAUGGGCAUGAUGCUUGCAGGCUGGGAUGAAGAGACUGGGCCAGCACUGUACUACAUGGAUACUGAUGCACAAAGGAGCAGUGGGAAAGUGUUUUCCUGCGGCUCGGGAUCCUUGUAUGCCUACAGUGUCCUGGACGAUGGAUACAAGUGGGAUUUGGAAGUCGAUGAGGCCCUUGAGCUGGCAAGGAGGUCAAUCUACCAAGCCACCUACAGGGAUGCUGCAAGUGGAGGGACAGUUAGUGCAUACCUUAUCACUCCGGACGGAUGGAAGAAGAUGUUGGGGUCGGAUGUGGGAGACUUGCACUACGAGUACAACCCCACCCAAGCUGAUUUGCCUCUUGAAUGA